UGUCAUCCAGGCGGCUUUAAGGAGCACAGCAGCGGGGACGUGUGUCGCAUUCAGCUGGAAGACAGCUGCUCGUCACCGAUGGGGAACGGAGGAGGAGGCUCGGAGCCGCUCUCACUUCUGGAGCCGAAGCCGAGGAGCGGGUCACUCUGAUUACUUCAGUCCAGCCGCCUUCGUUUUCCUUGAAAGUCUGGUCACUUUGGCGCUGGAGCCGAGCUUCAAAGCGGAGGUGAGGUCGACGCCGUGUGGGUGUGUGAGCGUGUGGCAGCUGAGGAUAUUACCUCACUGAGGAUAAGCUGCGACUGCAGAGGUCUGACAGAGGUCUCUCCCUCCGCCUCCGUUACUCCUCGCCUCUUAUCUGGGCCCACUUUCUGUCUUUGCAGCCGCUUCUCCGCUCUGUCGCUCCUGACAGCGAGAGAGAGAGAGAGAGAGAGAAAAAGCGAGCGAGAGGAGCGGCGGUGACUUCAUUCCUCCUCUCAACCAACCCUCCCCCUCCUUUCUCUCUUUUCUCCCCUUUGCGCACCACGGCCAGGCAGCAUGCCAGCAGUCUUCAUCCUGCUGCGGUCCCUGCUCAUCAGGCUCCUCGGUAGCAGACUGGCAGGCUCGGUGGCACAGUUCCUCAGGAGGAGCCUCUCGACGGGCGCUGCCCACCUCGGCGCGGCGCUGCGCCACGUCUGGGACCGCGUUCGAUCCCAGGAGUCCAAGGAAGCCGUCCUGGGCUGCGUGCUGUGCAUUCUCAACAUGCACAAGAAGGUGGAGAACUGA